AUAUCAUUCAGUGCCCUCAGUCUGACUAGUGGAGUCUACUGAAAAGCUAUUCUGUCUGUCCGGAGUUCUGCAUAGUAAUAAGUGUGCUGGUGACAGCUUUCGGACGUGGGCAGUGCCGUGUGUGUAUGUGUGUGUCCGUCCCCCCUGCAUACGUAAGGAUAGUCCAGACUGCAGAACAUACACAGAGGGAAAGUUUCUCUGUAGCUCUGAGAACUGCUCACGCGCUCUGAAUCGCACCAUCAGCCAGCGCGCAGCCAAGGAAACCCACAAACACUCCGGACUCAAAUCCCCCUGCUCAGGAGGGACUCGCGCGCACACACUCACACACACACACACACACACAGAAGCAGCCACAAACAAAAGAGCUCUGGCUUUGGGCUCAACUCUCAGAAAUUGUGAAGUGCAGAAAAAGGCGCACCAAGGCGGGGGUGUCACCUCCAGCCUCAUCAUCAACUUUUCUUUUUUUUUAACACACAACCUCUCUGAUCAUCAACAAACACCACAACAGAAGCAACAUGUGCACCAAGAUGCAGAUCCUGUGGACUAUCCUUGUGUUAGGUUCUCUCCUCCAAGGUGCAUAUGCUGAAUCCACCAACAGUACCAGCCCAACAGUAACGAACCCAUCAGAGAUUCCAUCAUCAUCUACACUAUCUGAAACACCAACAUCCCAAACAGAUUCUGUUAGAAUCAUUACAGGACCAACCACUAGUCAACAAUCAUCCUCCCAACCCAUCACACAGCCGAGUGUGACCAGCAUCACCACACCAUUGACUACAGCAAUUACAAGUACUGUUGAAAAAAGCCAAAUGGAGACGGUUGCUAGAGACAGUACUAACUCUGCCACCAUUACUCUCAUUCCCAGUACCAAUGCCCCUGUUUCAGGAACUCAGAGCACCGCUAUUACCACUGCUCCAGGAUCUCAGGGAACCCCUAACACACUUUUUACAAACGCUACAACAGCUACACCUACUGUAAAUGGAGAAGGAUCCUCCCAGCCCCAUAAUUCAGGAACACCCCAAACUUCAGCACCAGUUCAAGUAACAAUACCAACAUCAACACCACCACCAACACAAACAGCAACACCAGAAACACCAUCAAACCUAACAAUAGCAACAACAUCAGAAACACCAUCAAAACCAGCAACAACAUCAGAAACACCAUCAAACCUAACAAUAGCAACAACAUCAGAAACACCAUCAAAACCAGCAACAACAUCAGAAACACCAUCAAACCUAACAAUAGCAACAACAUCAGAAACACCAUCAAAACCAGCAACAACAUCAGAAACACCAUCAAAACCAACAUCAGCAACAACAUCAGAAACACCAUCAAAACCAACAUCAGCAACAACACCAGAAACACCAUCAAAACCAGCAACAACACCAGAAACACCAUCAAAACCAGCAACAACACCAGAAACAUCAUCAAAACCAGCAACAACACCAGAAACACCAUCAAAACCAGCAACACCACCGGCAACACCAAUAAAACCAACAGCAGCAACACCACCGGCAAAAUCAUUAAAACCAACAACACCACCACCACCAAAACCACCAACAGCAACACCACAAGCAACAACACCAAAAUCAACAAUAGCAACACCAUCAAAACCAACAACAGCAACAACACCAAAGACAUUCAAGAAGACUGUAGUUGCCAACAGCACUGGGAACUACCAUGAGAGAAUUUGUUCAAAGCUCAUGGAGAUAUUCAAUGCAACGAUUAAGUGCAACAUGGCUGGACAUGAGACAGCUGGUGGUUAUAAGUACGAGUCUGUCGUUAUAAACGUUGUUGAUCCAUCAUUGGAAACUAAUGGUUCAAUGGAUUUCAUGUCUGAAGAUAACCAAAGGAUACUGAUAGCCAUUCUGGCUUCGUGUGGUGCGCUGGCACUCAUCCUUGUUGCGUUUGCAGCGUAUUGCAGCUACCAUCGAUUAUCCUACAGGAAGAACCAGCAACACCUGACUGAAGAGAUGCACACGGUGGAGAACGGCUACCACGACAACCCCACGCUGGAGGUGAUGGAGGUGCAGCCAGAGAUGCAGGAGAAGAAGCUGGCACUGAAUGGAGAUUUUAACGACAGCUGGAUUGUGCCCUUUGACAACCUCGCCAAAGACGACAUACCUGAUGAGGAGGACACACACCUGUAAAGUGCGCAAGCCCAUCAGCUCUCCAAUCAUGUAUCGUACAAAACCCAUACUAUCUGCAUAACAGACUGUAAAGAUUACAAAUGCCCAAAUAGCAAAUGGACUUCAGGGUUCCCUUUUAUUUUCUAUUAAACCCUCAUUAUUGCUAAAAGGGCACAAGCUACAGUGAGAAAUAUUUAAGAAAACUCUAAAGGAAACUUAAUGGGAGAUGUUCUAAGAUAAACCUGGGCUGUUUAUGGCCCACAAUGCUGUUUUUGGUGUCAUUUCAAACAGUGUGUUAAAUCCACAAGAUUUCUCUUUUAGUUUUGCGAUUUUCCUACAUAUUGUUUUCCCCCACAGAUAAAAUAAUUUUUCACUUAUAAUACUUAAGUGAAAUAUACACUGCUGCACCGGUAAAUAGUGUUUUGUUUUGAAUACGUUGUUAGCAUGUUUUUAUUGACUAUGAGUAUUCAUUUUUACAAUCAUUAAACACUAAUGGAUAAAUGUUCAUCCUGGUUUUAGACUGCAAUUUUCACUUGGGAUACCAGAUUCCUACAUUACCCACAAUGCCCACUUACCUCUAUCUAAAGAGGGCGAUGCAGCAGCGCUUUAGCCCUUCAGUCUAUGCAGCUCACUCACCUCUUCAUCUGUACACUCUGCACAAACAGAUCAGCUUCCACAGCUUCUACUUUCAUGCGAAUGCCGUUGGCGUUAUCGCAUCACAUCGUCAUCACAUAGAUCACGAGCAGCACACGAGCACUAACUUCUCAUGGGAAUAAUGAAAAUAUAGCAGCAACCAACAAAUUAGCACCUUUCAGAAUUACAUUUCAGUAUGAACAUAUUUAAUGUGCUUCAGGGCAGAGUUUUGCUUAAAAGCCACAACACGAAGGUGUAAACAGGAACGCAAGUCAUAAUGACCAAAGCACUUCUGAUUAGCAAUAGUUUUUCCUCCUUAAACACAAAAUAUUAGAUUUAGUAUUCAACUCAAUAGGACAAGAGAUGUAUAGUUGUACAGUUUAUUUACUUGAAAUGUUCCCCCUUCAGUUUCUGUCUCAUAAGCACAACAUAAAGCUGACUUACUGGAAGGUCGGCGUUAAUUUAAUGUCAUCAAAUUAAUUCAUGUAGUAAAUGUUACGUCAAAUCCUCCCACCCAUCAGUUUUAAAUAAAUACUCCAAUUCCUUUAUUUUCCACCCUCACAUACUUCUACUUAAAUAUUUAUACGGUCUCCAACUGUCUAAUGUGAUUUAUGUCUUUAAUUUCCAUUAUAUUGUUUUGUAUGUAUUUUACAUUGUGUGCUAGAAGCUUUGCCUUUUAGGGAAGGCAAAAAAACAGGAGUCUGAUACACUGGGAAAAAAAAAAAAAAAACUGUCACUGCUGUUGCAUUGUCUUUUUACCAUUUCAUUUUUAAAUAAUAAAAAAAAUGUUCAUAGAGAAUAAAGUUAUUUCAAAAAAUUCCCCUUCAUCAAAGUGUUUAAUACAAAAAAAGACACCGUUUUUAGAAAAC